GAAGCUUUGGGAGAGUGCCACGACUGUCUCAAAGAAUGUGCUCUCAGAGAAAAAGGCAGCGGAAAUUUCAUCAUCAGUGCUGGACAAUGCAAGGAAGCUCAAUGCGUUCCUGGGUUCUUCUGAAUGCACGCCAUCAGACGAAUUCCUUGCGAUGGUCGACGGGUGCAAAGACCUUCUUGACAUUACAGCCACGUUGGCUUCGAAGGAGGGUGGCGUCCCUGAGCUUGGCCAGGCCCUCAACGACUUGAAAGAGACAAUGAAACAGUUUGGGGUUGAUUCCAUGACCAAGCUCGGAGACUGGUUUGCAAAGCAAUGGCUUUUGGUACCAGAAACAACUGGCUUUGAUGCUGUGGAGAAGGAUAACUUCAGGGCCCUCACCUCAUCUUUGAAGAUCCGAGGCCGCGUUUGCACUUCUGUCUUGAAGGAGGAGCCAGAGACGAACUUGCGCAUGCUUUGGACCAUUGAGAAAGUCGAAGCUUUUUUGAACAAUGAUGAUGAAUCUGAACCCUCCUUGCGGGCUGCCUGGAUUUUGGGCAAAGGCAUCCAUGAUGACUUGCGGGUGGCCAAGAUGUCAGUGUUCCAGAAUGGGCAAUGGGCGAGUCCAUGUGUCCGUGCUAGUCAGAGAUUACAGCAACUGGUGACUCAGAAAGGACCGGGCAUUGUGACCAAGAUUCUCCAAGAACAGACGGAAGAGAGCGUGAAGACUGCACAGUGCCUACUGGCAGGCUUGGAGGGCUUGAGCGGCCGCCUUCCUCACAUCAAGUCGAUUUUGGAGGACUUGGGAAACCUUGAUGCCUAUGCCAGCAUGGAGGCCCCAAAAGACUUGGUGCAGGUUUGCAAGGAUGUCUCCGCAAUCGUCAAGGCUGUUGGCUAUGACAUGGAGAUCCUCGAAGCACUCAAGCCGGAUGCGAAGUCAAAGAUUGUGCUGUACUUGGAUCAGGUGAAAAAAGCACUGGACACGAUCAUCGGGGACAUCGAGAAGGAUGCAGCAACAUGGGAAAAGCUGGUCUUGCGUUACAA